AUGAAGAGGCUCCGAGGUUUCAAGAUCGGUCACAGAUUCGUCAAGAUCUUCAAAUGGAUAAUCAGAAGUAGAAGAAUCCAAACCGGGAAACGCCAAUGCCUGACCGGAAUUCUCAACCCGGUUCCAAAACUCUGCUCUUUAGCACGGUGUCUCCGUCGUGGAGCCAAUAGACUGUGCGGAGGAAAUAAAACGGGUCAGACCCGGCUAGGUAACGAACCGAAACCACAGCCUGUUCCGAAGGGACAUUUAGUUGUUCACGUCGGUGAAUCCGGCGACGAUACACGGCGCGUGGUGGUUCCGGUGAUUUACUUUAACCAUCCUCUGUUUGGAGAGUUGCUGGAGCAGGCGGAACGGGUUUACGGGUUUGAUCAACCGGGUCGGAUUACAAUACCUUGUCGUGUAUCGGAUUUUGAGAAGGUUCAGAUGAGGAUCGCCGCAUGGGAUCAUUGCCGACGGAAGCGUACUUUCAAGAUUCUCUAA